AUGGCUUCGAAAGAGAAGAAACACAAAUCAGUGUACUUGGGAGAUCCCAAACUAUUGGCUAGAGUAAGAGAGUAUAUAGAUAUUAAUGGUGCCCGAAAGACUGUUAGUGAAAUUGCAGAAGAUUUACAGCUCCAAUACAGGGAUUACACAAGGAAGAAGAAAGGAGCUUUUAGAAAAUCAGUAGAAAAGGCAUAUUCUAUGAUGCAUAUAAAACAAGAAGGAGAUGGACUUACAAUCUUAGAAAAGGAAUAUUUAAAGAAGAAAACCAAGAAGACCAUAGACAAAAGCAAUGACAGUGAUUCAGAGAAAAGUUUUUCAUCUGAUAAUGAAGAAUAUAUGAUAUAUGAG